AGGAGUAGAGAUGGAUGGAAACACACAUUAUACAGAAUACACAGUGUGCUAGUGGUUUCCUUCCAAUAACAAUAAGCAAAAGUAAAAAAAUCAGAAGCAGAAAAAUGUUGAGCAGCAGCAGCAGCAGCUUGGAAGGGUCGUCGUCGGAUUUAUUUCAUUUGGAGCAGAUUCGGCGGCAUCUUCUAGAAGAUGACUUAGGGAAAGGGAGUACUCAUAAUAAUGUUGAGGAUGGAAUAAUCAGGUAUGAUAUUAGUAGGAGUGGAGCUGGUUGGGAGAUGAGUAAUAACAACAACAAUAUGGUGGAUCAAAUGUCUUCAAUUAUUAUUAGAGACAAUCCGGAGGAGAAGUCUCAGCCUCGGCCUCGAGGUUUGCAGUUCAGAGGAGUGAGGAGGAGGCCUUGGGGGAAGUACGCGGCAGAAAUCAGAGACCCGAGCAAAAAAGGAGCUCGAAUAUGGCUGGGAACUUACCACACCGCCCAAGACGCUGCUUUAGCUUACGAUCGAGCUGCUUUUCAGAUGCGAGGGGCCAAAGCAAAACUCAACUUCCCUCACAUCAUUUCUUCUAACAACUACUCAUGAGUCAAAACUCCAACUUCAACUUAUUCUACUCUCCAUAUUCCAUCUACCCUUUAAUUUCUCACCAGCCGGCCUUCACAAAUUAUAAUCUCCAUUUUCUAUCUCAGUCAUCUCCAACAUCACUCACCAAAUGACAUACUUAUCUUUAUCAAAAAACCACAUAGCUUUAACUUUCUCAUUUAAAAAAAAAAAAAACUAAUAGUAAUAAAUAUAAUUAUGCAAUGAAACUACCACUUAGAUAUAUAUAUGUAGCUAGAAUCCAAAAUUUGUAGUCUCUCCUAUUCACUACCCAAUAAAUUUCUGUCUACUUUUACAUUUUCUCUAAUGUAUAAUGUCUCGCAAUGUUAAUCAUCCAGUUCCGUAUUUCCUCCACAAUGAUACCUUGAGGGGAUUCAAGAAGACUAUUAGAGUGGAUGGUUUGAACCAACACUUGAGUGAGCAAUCUUUAAGUUAUGAAGAAGGGUCAUUAUGCUUCGGCUGAUAACACAUCAACCUCGCCAUGCAUCACCUUUAAAGGUAUUUGGGUCCACCAUUUUCCCAAGCGAAUUAUUGCCCUUUAAUGUUACGUUAGAGGUAUUUGGGUCGAGCUUCCUCCUGCUAUCAAUACUGAGAUCUCAAGUUGCAACUCUUUGGGCGAAUUAUUUGCUUAGUGAAGUUUGGUUCCAUCAAAUAAUUGUCUAACAAAUUUUCAUGUCUACUACUUUUACAUUUUCUCUCUACUAUAAUAGUUUCCAAUUAAAGCAAUCAUCUCAUGAUUUAAGAAAAUCAGUCAAUUUAUUCCUGA